CUUAUGACACAUUUAAAAACAGUACUCAAACCAACAAACACUAAGUAAAAUUGAGACAAAAACCAAAAAAAAAACAAAAAUAUUAAGACCAAAAAAUAAUAGAAUUAUAAUGAAUGAGGCCAAGGAACAGAAGGGAACCACAUUUGCAGAUGAUCCACUACAGAUAAAUUUCCCGUUGCCGGAUCACCUUGAUCCGUCCAAGUGCCGAGAUGAGUUCCUCAGCACGAUCAUCGAAGAGCACGAGCGCCGGGUGAGUUCUCUGAGGUGGUCAACGGAGGCCCGAAAAUCCUUGGAAGUCGUGAAUCCCCUGGAGGCCGACUUGCGGGUGAGCGAGAAGGGAGCAGAGGCUAUGGUGGUGCGGCAGAUGGUCAGACAACGCCAGAGGGCGACCACAAGGAAGACCAUGCAGGAGGUCAUGGAGAGCAUCAAGCAGCGGUCAAACAUGAUGACGGAACUGUACUACCAGGUGCAGAGGGCGGCCAUCGAGUUCCUCUCGGUGCGCAUGCUCAAGCAGCUGCGCCUCUUCUCGAGUCCCUGGCCGGGCGAGCAGGAGGGGAUUCCCUACAACCUCUUCAGCUGGUCGCUGGAUGACUUCCUGAUGCGCAUGGACGUGAAGCAGAUAUACCUCGAUGUCAUCCGCCGGGAGCGAAGCGUCGAGGAUCUCGACUGCGUGAAGUUCUGCAGGGACCUGAGCGAGAUCGAAAUGCUUGUGCACGAGAUCCGGGAGGACUUUCGCGCCGGUCAAGAUCUCUGCCAAAACAGCAUCCAACAGUUGCGUGGUGCCGAAUACAACAAGAAGGCGCCGUGGGUGAAAAGCCUGAACGAGAAUCUCCAAGCCAUCGAAGACGAAAAGACACGCGCCUUGCUUCUCAACCGAAGUAGCUCCAUGCAGAUGGUAUUUCGCCACACAUCCGUUUUGGAAAACUUCGAGGACGCAGCGGAUUUGGAUCCCAUCGAGAUGCGUUAUCAAAUCAACUGGUUAAGGAGCUGUACGGAUCAGCGCCUCAUGCUGAUAACGAGUCGGGAGGAAUCGAUGAGGGACGAACUGAAUGAUUUGGAGGAGCAAGCGUCGCGGGACGAAUCGGUGCAGUACUCCUGCGAGCUGAUGUACUCACUGGAGUUGGGAAAGCUCAGGGAAAGCAUUAAGGUGUGGCAGGAGCGACAGGACAACGACCUGGAGAACGCCGACGUUCUUUGCACCGUGUCAAGGCUCGCCGUGCAAAAGUUGAAGGACGAUCUGAAGUUCUACACGGAAGAGAAGGAAAUGUAUCUUCGAAGACUGGACGAGGUGCGAGCUAUAAUUGCCCAGGAGGCCAAGGCUCGCGUACAAAGGGAAUCUGCCGCCCAAGAGGCCCGACUAUCAAGAAGAUCCGUGAGAAAGUCCGAUACAAAGCCAGCAACACCAACUGAAGUGGCUCCUGAGGGACAGUCUGAGAGGAAGUCUGUCAGAAAGUCAGAGAGGAAAUCUGUCAGAAAGUCUGAGAGGAAAUCCGAAAGGAAGUCCAGAAAUUCCAAAGUGCAAUAGUACGUCCUUCACUUUCGGUCAUUUUACUUAUGUACUACUUAUGUUUGCAAUUUAACAAUUUACCUUAAUAAACUUGUUAAACUUGA